CCAGGAGUCUCCCUCUUUGGCCUGGCCGCCCUGCUGCUCCCCGAGCAGUUUCCCCACUACCUGGCCAUGGUGGAGUCGCUCAGCCUGGGGCCUGCGCUCAUCUACUCUGCCAAGUUCGCUCUGGCGUUCCCCUUCACCUACCACACCUGGAAUGGAGUCCGACACCUUGCAUGGGACUUGGGCAAGGGGUUGAAGAUCCCGCAAGUCAACCAGUCUGGGGUGCUGGUCCUGAUCUUGACCCUGCUCUCCUCUGCUGGCCUUGCGGCGAUGUGA